ACAACUUUUUCCAUUUAAUUUAUUUUUCAAUAUUUCUAGGGGUAUAUAUAUAAACAAGAAAAUGAGGCAUGAGAGAGGAGAGCCUAAAAAAAACCAGAAAGGCAGAAACAAAUAGAGAGAGAGAGCAGAGGUCGGUGCAUGAACAUAAAACUAGGUUUCGAGCACGACGAUACAUAUAGUAGUCCUGCAUUAGCCAACAGCUCCAGGACAAAAACACCACUUCCCCAUUCCCAUUUCCUUCAUUCUCCUCUGUUGUAUCGUGUUGGUCUGUUAUUUCAUUACCACCACCACUUCUUCUCCUCCUCCUCCGCCGCUCAUACCAAUUGUACUGUACUAUCAUCCAGCUAGCUAGCCGUCCUCUCCUCCCCACACUCUCUCUGUCCUCUCUCUCUCUCUCUCUCUCUUUUCCGUUUGGACAGUCCGUAUAUGUGCGCAGCCACCUGAUCACAUAUUCCCAGCUCACCAAAAUUACCAGCCUGUCCUUCUCUCUUCCUUCCUAGUUCCUAUGACACUUUAUCCCUUCCCAACUCACUCCCUCCAGUAUUCUAAUCUCAAUUUCAAUACGAAUUAUAUCUCCCACCGUUUCCACUUGCUCCCGCAGCUCCACCACCUCUACAACCACCCCACUCCUCCGCUUCUCCUCCCCCAAAGGCCCCGCCGCUGGGCCCACAUGGCCACCAGCCACACUUCCGCGGUCCCACGUCGAAAAGACAAGCUCCUCGUCAUCAUGGGGGCCACUGGCGCCGGCAAGUCCCGCCUCUCUCUCGACCUCGCCACCCGCUUCCCCUUCUUCGAAAUCGUCAACUCCGACAAAAUACAACUCUACCGCGGCCUCGACAUCACCACCAACAAGCUCCCCCUCCCGGAACGACUCGGCGUUCCCCACCACCUCCUCGGCGAGUUCGACCCCCGAGACGGAGAUUUCACGCCCGCCGAUUUUCGCGCCGUUGCCGGUCAGGUUGUUUCCGGCAUUACAAAUCGGAGGAAGGUGCCGAUGCUCGUCGGCGGGUCAAACUCCUUCAUUCACGCGAUGGUCGCGGACCGUUUCGAACCGGGGUGCAAUGUCUUCGAACCGGGUUCAGACGCCUCCCUCUCGGCCGAGCUCAGGUACAAUUGCUGUUUUCUGUGGGUGGACGUGUCGAUGGCUGUGUUGACGGAGUAUCUAUCGAAGCGAGUCGACGAAAUGCUCGACUCGGGAAUGUUCGAAGAGUUGGCCGAGUUUUGCGACCCGGAUUGCCAGGAAAAGCAAGACCCGGCAGCGGUUCCGACCGGGCUCAGAAAGGCGAUUGGAGUGCCCGAGUUCACUGGGUAUUUUAAAAAAUACCCACAAAGUAAAAGGGAUGAGGACGAUGAUCGGGAGCGGAGAGAAGCAUACGAAGAGGCGGUGAGGGCGAUCAAGGACAACACGUGUCAGCUGGCGAAGAGGCAGAUAGGGAAGAUCCUACGUUUGAGAGGGGGAGGGUGGGACCUACGGAGACUAGACGCAACGGACGCGUUUAGGGCGGUGGUUGCGACGACAUCGUCGGAUAGUGACGGCGGAGAAAGGUGGUCGGAUAUAUGGGAGAGGCAGGUGGUGGGACCAAGCGUGAAGAUUGUGAAGCGCUUCUUGGAGGAGUAGGUCUUCCAGCUUUUUCCAGCUAUACAAAAUUACAAAUCCUAUUUUCUCUUUCUAUUUUUUUUUAAUUAAUUUUUCCUCCAAAUUUUUAGUUCGUUAACAAAUUUUGGAGGAAGAAUCCCCUGUGCCCCUGCUUCCCAAAUCCUGUGUGCACCGGACAAAAAUUGGAAAAAUCCAAAGGCGGGAGUGGUCCGAUGGACUCGGAAGUCGGAGGGCUGAGUUCGGGACCAGAAUGCGACAACUUUUGUGUUUGGGAGGGAAAUGCAAAAGAGCACAAAAUACAGGAAAUCGAGAGGGGAAAAAAAAAAGAAAGAGAAACAAAAAUUUUGGCAAGUGUGCAAAAGAGUUGUGUGAAUUUUGUUCUCUCAAUUGUAAUUGAGUAGGGACUAUUUUAAUCACAAAUUUAGCGUGUUAGCAACGAGCAAAUCAUUCACUAAACUCUUCUUAGUUCCUUCCUAUCCUAAUAGAGUUUUGGUGUCACUUGCAUACCGAAUCGAUACAACAUUGGCCUUUCUGGUUUUGUUGAUAGCGUUUCAGCAAGUUUGUAAAUUUUGUGUUCAUAUGAAUAUAACUAUGCUAGUUUUACA